CCGGUUUCCGCACUGGAGGAAAGGGGAGUUUACGGGAAGCACCUGAACGUAACACAACAUUACCAGCACUCCGGCGGCUGAGAAGAGACAAGCCUUUCAAACUGUCGGCUGGUUGGUUUGUGUACAACAACCAGAGCAACGCACAGAGCUGACCGUAAGCCGUAAACAGAUGCAGACUAUAAAGUGUGUGGUGGUUGGUGAUGGUGCUGUGGGAAAGACUUGCCUGCUCAUCUCCUACACCACCAACAAGUUUCCCUCCGAAUACGUCCCCACGGUUUUUGAUAAUUAUGCAGUGACGGUGAUGAUCGGCGGCGAGCCGUACACUCUAGGACUGUUUGACACUGCAGGUCAGGAGGACUACGACAGGCUGCGACCCCUCAGCUACCCUCAGACCGACGUCUUCCUCGUCUGUUUCUCUGUCGUAUCGCCUUCCUCUUUUGAAAAUGUCAGAGAGAAGUGGGUGCCGGAGAUUUCCCACCACUGCCCUCGGACGCCCUUCCUGCUGGUCGGGACUCAGGUGGAUCUGAGAGACGACAGCAACACUCUGGAGAAACUGGCCAAGAACAAACAGCGAGCUCUGACCUGCGAGAGCGGAGAGAAACUGGCCCGUGAGCUGAAGGCCGUCAAAUACGUGGAGUGUUCAGCUCUCACACAGAGAGGACUGAAGAACGUGUUUGACGAGGCCAUCCUGGCAGCUCUGGAGCCUCCAGACAACAAACCCAAGAAGCGCUGCGUCCUGCUAUAGAUGCCACCGGAUGAUGAUGGAGGUUGUGGAGGAGGAGGAGGAGGAGGAGGAGGAGGUGGACGGAGGGGAAGAGAUGAACCCAGGCGGGAACAGAGGGAGGAGGGAGGGUGUGGAGGUGGACGAGGUAGAGACACAUGUUUAAACAGUGCCUUCAGCCGUAGUGGCUUAAUGUGGGUGUGGUGUUGGAAGAGACGGGCUCCGACAGGCUUUGUUUUCAUCCUAGAUGCGUGUCGAUUAUAAUAUGACUAACACACGUGAACAACACUCCUCACUAACCAGGAAACGGGGUUUUAAUUAAUUAUAGGAGGAGGCAGGUUGAGCAAUAGAGAGGGUUGCACCUCAGACGCCUUAAAGAUACAAAACGGUGGGUGGAGUCACGGUUACAGCUCAAACUGCCAACCGCCUUCUCAAAAUGAUGACAUUUCCCAAAAGAUUUCUGCUCUAGUCAAACGUUCAAGAAUUGUAUAAAAUUUCUGAAAAAGAUCA